UGGGGUAGAGAAACGCAAUUUUCAUUCCAUUCACAGCAUGAGUUCGCCUUACAUAAUAAGUAUAUUAUAUUUUGUUACGGUAUUAGCUUUUCCUAAGCCAUUUAAGCUUGACUGAGAGACUUAAAGGUUACAUGGUACAUGUAUAUGUUAUAAAGUUUCAAGCUUGAGCAGUAUACGACAUGUAUCAGUUUAUCAAGAUGCCUGUUCGUGAAGUUGUUCUCGUAUUAGUCGCAAUCAUUACGACUCAGAUAUGUCUCGCUGCAGAGUAUGGCGUUAUCGUUGACGCUGGGAGUAGUGGAAGUCGGGCGAGAAUUUACACAUGGCCAGAAAGAACCUCACUUAAUCAGAUUCUUCAACUGACGGAAGUUGCAAACAAGAAAAGUCGUCCAGGACUGAGCGCGUAUGCCAGCGAUGCCGCUGGUCUAAGAAACCACAUCGAUGAACUUCUGGAUGCUUGUAAAGAAAAUGUUCCAUCCGAAAAACGAGCAAACACACCAUUUUAUAUUAUGGCGACGGCUGGCAUGAGAUUACUCCCGGGUGGAGACGCUUUCUCCGUUUACCAGCAGAUCGACAACUUGCUUAUGAACAAAUCUUAUUGCCCAUUUGAUUAUAAAAGAGGGAACGCCAGAACUCUAUCUGGGGAAGAAGAGGGGGCCUUUACGUGGAUAUCUGCAAAUCAGUUGAAUGGGCUAUUUGGACAGGACCGCACUACAAACGACACUGUUGGAAUAGUUGAGUUGGGCGGGGCCUCGAUGCAGAUCGCAUUCGUACCAGAACGUAAUAUUUUAGCAGAUAAAUUCCCGGUUUACGUUGCAGGGCGAUACUACCCUCUGUAUGUCCAUAGUUAUCUAUAUUACGGUCAAGAUUUCGCAGUUAUGAAGAUAAGGGACAAUUUAUUUCGAGACUAUGAUCGAUCAUCAGGCGCCUCCAUAAACAACCCAUGUAUGCUGACCGGGGACUCGUUAACGGAGACUAUGGAUGGCGUCAACGUCACUUUCAUCGGAACCGCAAACGCUGAUCAAUGCCUUGUGUUGAUACGUGAAGAAUUGAUCUAUAAAGUUCCUGAUUACCAAUGCUAUCCCAAGCCAUGCGCCAUUGGACAAAUAUAUCAACCAGAGAUCCCAGAAGAUAUGGUCUUCCAUGCCGUUUCCGCGUUUAUCUAUACAAUAAACGAUAUUGGCGCCAACGAUGCUAACGAUAUGACAACAGCCAGCGUUGUCGAGGCAAAAACCAGAGAUUUCUGCCAGCUCGGAUUGCAAGGAGCCAUUGAUAAAGCAGGCCAGUGGGGGAAAACCCGGUGUAUGGUCGGUCUGUAUAUAAGCAGCCUCCUAACCGAUGGGUUGGGAUUUGAACAAGAUGAAUCGAUCAAUGCUGAAGGGGAAAUCGACGACCAGGAGUUAACAUGGACGCCUGGUGCCAUGGUCUAUGAGAUAGAACGUCGCGAUAGGGGACGCACGAUGGACGCCGAUGACAAACCCACAUCGAAAGCUCCGUCAGUUCAUUGCUCACUCAUUUUAAUAAGUAUUCUUUUCACCUUGACCACGGGACUCAUAAAUGGUAAUUGCAAAGUGUAUAUAUUGUGCUUAGGGAUCGCAAUUUCAACAUUGACUCAACGAUAGAGCUUAACUGUUCAACCAAAUCAUAAACCGGUUCGGUUCAUUUCAAAUGACACUAAUCAUUUUGGUGAACAGAACGGAACUUGUUAACUCAACACCAGAUGAUGUAACUUCCAUAACUCCUGUUGCAAGAAAAAUAAAAACAAAAAACAUCUCUUUAUAUCAUUCUGAUGUUGCUCUUUUAACAAAAUUUGUAUUAUCCUUCAUAAUCAGAAAUAUGCAUAAAAUCGAGUACCAAUCGCCUGGACAUUCUAGAUAGUUAAAAUUUUUCCGAGGAAUAAUAAUGGUUUUAAUUUGGGAGAGGUUUGGAGGGUUUUUGUCACUUAUGUGACAUGCAAUCAAGAGUUAUACAUACACUUAUUAGAAUUUAACUUAUACCAAGCCUGGAUACUAUCACUAUAUCAAUCAGAAUUUUUCUGCAACUCGAUAGUAAGUUCAUUUUCAUAAAUAAUGAAGAUAACUGAUCCAUCU